GGGUGAACUUAAGCAUGCUUGGCAUGAGCCUGGCCAGGACCACCACAGUGAAUGCAUAGUACCAAAGUGCAAAAGGUGUUGGCAAGAUGUUAUUUAUAAAUUAAUGCCUGUGGGUAUAAUACUGGUUGACAGGAUGACUCCCAGUCCAAAGCACACUGCCAAGAAUUUGUAAAGGAAAAAAGUGAGAACUAUGACCUAGCCAAGUAUGUCGGCUGACUUUAAAGGAGACUAGAAUACCGUUAGGUUAUUUUAUAGAGAGGUUUUAUGGAAGGUAGAGCACCACAACCCUCCAACACAGAGCUGCUGAAAAAAAUGGUCUCUGAAGAAUGGCAGAUCAUCUUUCCAAAAAUAUGUGCAAUAUUGGUGUCCUCCAUGUCGAGGAGGGUUGACUCUGUCAUCAAAAAUAAAAGUAGGCAUACAAAGUGUUAGGAAAAAAAUUGAAGAUUUGAAUCUCAGUAAUGAAAGGUGUACUGACUUUUUGCAUUGAAUUCUCACGCACACAAACAAUCAUAAAUAUCAGUUGAAUUACCACAAUGUUGUCAACAGUUGUGUGUUGCUUAUGUAUCCUGCUGCUAAAGAUCUAUGGUUGGGCAGUUGUUAUAUUGGUUAGGUUAUUGGGUAUGACUACUUGCAUGUCACUGUAAGCCACUGUCAUUUUUUGCAGAUGUUGGCAGGAGUGAUGUAGUGAUCUGUGUCAUGGCGUCUCCUGAUAAAUACCUCCCCCUUCUACUGGCUGGUGGCAAGCGAUGUCCAGGUCGAAUGAUGCUCUGCCUGUGCCCCUCCUGGGUGAGCAGGCUCCCCUCCAAAACCCUACCAGGCCUGUUCUCCCUGUUUAUCCUGAAGGCUGUCACCUUUGAGGCUGGUGGCUACACUUACCUGGACACCUUCAGUUCUCCUUGUCGUGUCACCUACCUCCUAGAGGAUGGCUCAGUGGGCUCCUCUAUGGGGGAGGGGCUGGACUGCCCGACCUGUGGCUCUCCCAAACUCAACACCCUCACUGAGGAUGUUCUACUGAACUACCAGCUCCUGGGGGGGAAGGGGGUUCCUCUCCCUCCCAUGCUGGCCCUUGCCUAUCGCCCUUCGGUGGGGUUAGUCUCCCCACACCCUUCCCUCAUGUUCCAUUCUAUACAGGAAAAAGAGGAUCUGCAGGUAUCUAUGGAGGUCAUAAAUGCCUUUCUGAAACAGCCAGAGGUACAAGGUUCUGACAAAGUGUUGGUGCAGCUCUCCACCUCCGGUUGGGGCUCCCAAGAGAGCACUGCUGUUUUGAAUCGAGAGGACAGGGAGGGGUUGCUGAGUGCUGCAGCUGCCUUGGUUCCACAGAUCAGAUCAGGGGAGUCGAUUCUGCUGACAGCCUGCUACCCAUCCAUUCAGCCUCUGCAGAAGUGUAGGGUGAGGAAGACACUAUUCAGAGGGUGCUAG